AUGGCUGAAGACAAACGAACGGUCAUCGUCGAUUCUAAUAAUGAACAACAAGCUUCUCAAGGUCCACGAGAAUUCACAAAAGCAGCAAAAAUCAGUGCUGAACAAGAACUCAUAAUGCUUUCAGUUGAAGAUAUAAUACUAAUUACCAAUAAAACAGAAAUUGAAGCAGGCGUUGCAGCUGAUGUAAAGGCAGAGAUUGAACCUAUUUAUAAGUUAAGUGAAAAUUGUUGUGAUCGUUGUUGUGAUAGUACACUCAAUUGUUGUCGUAAAACUUGUGAUUUUUGUGACUGCUGUCGAAAGGAAACCAAAGUUGUUCCUUUUCUUCAGAAAACGACAACAAUUUUGUAUGAUAAAGAUCCGAAUCAAGAUAUUGAAUUCGA